UCCGUCUGAGGCGGGUUAGCUCCUUACGCAGGAACACUAUUCUGCUCCAUUUACGUAGGAUGGGGCAGCGGAUGAACAGCCACGGCUGCGCAGAUAGCGUAAAUGAUUUAGCGUAGCAGAGGCCCAGGUAAAAGGAAGUGGUCCCCCCGUGGACGACUAGCUACAAACUGGGACAACGAGCUUGGAUGGCAGAGAGGAUUUCCACGGACCCGGUUCAGAUGUUCUCAUUUGGGACAAUCAGAAGGAAUUAACCCCGUGGGUGCAAUACUGUUUAAACCUGACUGCUGAUCGAAAUCAUUACAUAAAACGGCUUGUAAAUAAUUAACUGACAGGACAGAAAUAGUCUCAGAACCCCUGAGAGCAGUUUUUUCAGAGCUGUAGGAUUCAGUCUUACUGCUGCCAUAUGACACAUGCGGACAGGUCUGUUUCCACCUAAAUGAAGGGAAACGUCAGGAGUUGAUGAACAGAAAUGUUACCAUGAAGCCCAGAUUAACUGUUUUCUACUCACCAACAAACUCAGCUGUUACCUUGAUCGUCAGUAAAGAGAAGAUGAAAUGAGAUAAGUGGACGUCUGGAGGAGCGCAGCCCCUUCACCUCCACCUCCAGCUCAGCUCAGUGAAGCAUGGCAGGCCUGCAGCUCGUCACCCCUGCUACUUCACCCAUGGGGCCCUUCUUUGGUCUGCCUUGGCAGCAGGAGGCCAUCCAUGACAACAUCUACACGCCCAGGAAAUAUCAGGUCGAACUUCUCGAAGCAGCUCUUGAACGCAAUACUAUUGUCUGCUUGAACACAGACUCAGGGAAGACCUUCAUUGCAGUACUCCUAACUAAGGAGCUCUCCCACCAAAUCCGAGGGAGCUACCAGGAAAAUGCCAAAAGGACGGUUUUCCUGGUGAAUUCAGUGUCAUCUGUAAUUCAACAAGCGGCUGCCGUCAGGACUCACUCUGACCUCCAGGUGGGAGAGUACUCAGACUGGAAGGAGGCAUCAGCUUGGUCGAAUCAGAGAUGGAGUCAGGAGAUCUCCACGAAUCAGGUGCUGGUGAUGACGUGCCACAUCUUCCUUCACGUUCUGAGGAGUCAGACCUUACCUCUGUCUAAAAUCAACCUGGUGGUGUUUGAUGAUUGUCAUCUGGCAAUCACAGAGCACCCAUACUGUGACAUCAUGAAGCUGUUUGAGGAGUGCACUUUUGGGCCACGUAUACUGGGCCUCACCGCUUCCAUUCUCAAUGGGAAGUGUGACCCAUCAGAACUGGAGCAGAAGAUCCAGAAUCUGGAGAGAAUGCUCAAAAGCAACGCUGAAACGGCAACUGACUUGGUGGUCCUAGACAGGUACACCUCUCAGCCGAGGGAAGUGGUGUUGGACUGUGGUCCCUACGUGGACAGGAGUGGCCUUUCAUCCCGUUUGCAGGCAGAGCUGGAUGAAGCUCUCCUCUUCCUCAACGACUGUAACAUCCCUUUUUAUAGAGAGGACAGAGGUCCGACAUUCAUCUCCAAACAGAUCCUGGGCGACUGCCGGGCUGUGCUGCUGGUUCUGGGUCCCUGGUGUGCAGAUAAGGCUGCAGGUAUAAUGGUGCGAGAGCUGCAGAAGUAUAUCAAACACGAGCAGGAGGAGCUCAACAGAAAGUUCCUGCUCUUCACUGACACCAUCCUGCGUAAAGUGCAUGCUCUGUGCGAGGAGCACUUCUCCCCGGCUUCCCUGGACCUGAAGUUCGUCACGCCGAAGGUCCUGCGGUUGCUCGAGAUCCUUCAUGAGUAUAAGCCGCUGGAGCGCCAGCAAUUUGAGAGCGUGGAGUGGUACAACAACCGCAACCAGGACAACUACGUGUCGUGGAGCGACUCAGAGGAUGAAGACGAGGAUGAGGAGGUGGAGGCCAAAGAGAGGCCCGAGGCCAACUUCCCCUCGCCGUUCACCAACAUCCUGUGUGGGAUUAUCUUCGUGGAGAGACGCUACACAGCUGUGGUUCUGAACCGUCUGAUCAAGGAGGCGGGGAAGCAGGACCCCGACCUGGCCUACAUCAGCAGCAACUUCAUCACCGGACACAGCAUCGGCAAGAACCAGCCAAGGAACAAGCAGAUGGAGGUGGAGUUCAGGAAGCAGGAGGAGGUUCUCAGAAAGUUCAGAGCUCAUGAAACCAACCUGCUGAUCGCCACAAGCAUCGUGGAAGAAGGUGUGGAUAUUCCAAAGUGUAACCUUGUGGUCCGCUUCGACCUGCCUGGAGAGUACAGGUCCUACGUCCAGUCCAAGGGUAGAGCCCGGGCCCCUGUGUCCAACUACAUCAUGCUGGCUGACUCUGAGAGGACCAAGAGCUUCGAGGAGGAUCUGACCACCUACAAGGCCAUCGAGAAGAUCCUGAGGAAUAAGUGCUCCAAGUCCGUGGAGGUGGGAGAGUUUGAAGCAGAGCAGAGUCUGGAUGACGAUAACCUCCUCCCUCCAUAUGUCCUGCGGUCCGAGGAUGGAGGUCCGCGGGUCACCAUCAACACGGCCAUCGGACACAUCAACAGGUAUUGUGCUCGGCUGCCCAGUGACCCGUUCACUCACCUCGCUCCCAAAUGUAAAACUGUGGAGAUGGGAGACGGACGCUUCCAGUCUACCCUCUUCUUACCCAUAAACUCUCCUCUGAGAGUUCCUGUCAAGGGUCCCGUCAUGAACUGCUCUCGACUGGCUGAGAAAGCUGUUGCACUAGUCUGCUGUGAAAAACUCCAUAAAAUAGGUGAGCUGGACGACCACCUGAUGCCUGUGGGGAAGGAGACGGUGAAGUAUGAGGAGGAGCUGGACCUCCACGAUGAGGAGGAGACCAACGUCCCGGGUCGGCCAGGCUCCACUAAGAGGAGGCAGUGCUACCCGAAAGCCAUACCCGAGUGUCUGCAGGACAGCUAUGCUCUGCCUGAGCUGACCUACUUCCUGUAUGUGAUUGGGAUGGUCCUAACCACGCCCCUCCCUGAUGAGCUGAACUUCCGCAGGAGGAAGCUUUACCCCCCCGAGGACACAUCUCGUUGCUUCGGCAUCCUGACUGCCAAACCCAUACCUCGAAUUCCUCAUUUCCCGGUGUACACUCGCUCAGGUGAGGUGACCAUCUCCAUUGAGCUGCAGAAGUCCGGCUUCACGCUUAGCUCAGCCCAGCUGGAUCUCAUCACCCGAAUGCAUCAGUACAUCUUCUCCCACAUCCUCCGCCUGGAGAAACCUGCACUGGAGUUCAAGCCAACGCUGGCUGACUCGGCUUAUUGCGUACUACCUCUGAAUGUUGUUGGAGACUCCGACACUCUGGAUAUGGACUUUAUGUUCAUGGAGGACAUUGAGAAGUCUGAGGCCCGAACAGGCAUUCCUACCACUAAGUACACCAAGCAGAACCCCUUCAUCUUCAAGCUGGAGGACUACCAGGAUGCUGUGAUCAUUCCAAGGUAUCGUAACUUUGACCAGCCUCAUCGUUUUUAUGUCGCUGACGUCUACACAGACCUGACGCCGCUCAGCAAGUUCCCGUCGCCGGAGUACGAGACCUUCGCCGAGUACUACAAAACCAAGUACAACCUGGACCUGUCCAACCUGAACCAGCCGCUGUUGGACGUCGACCACACCUCGUCCAGACUGAACCUGUUGACUCCCCGUCACCUGAACCAGAAGGGCAAAGCUUUGCCUCUGAGCAGCGCAGAGAAGAGGAAGGCCAAGUGGGAGAGUCUGCAGAACAAGCAGAUCCUGGUUCCGGAGCUGUGUGCCAUCCAUCCCAUUCCUGCCUCCCUGUGGAGGAAAGCCGUGUGUCUGCCCAGCAUCCUGUACCGCCUCCACUGCCUGCUGACGGCCGAGGAGCUGCGAGCUCAGACUGCCAGUGAGGCUGGAGUGGGGGUGCAGACCCUCCCCACCGACUUCAGGUAUCCAAACCUGGACUUUGGCUGGAAGAGAUCCAUUGACAUAAAAACAUUCAGCCCCUGUCCUGGAUCCUGCAGCGAAGACGCUGAUUGUAAGCACCAGAAUCUCACCUUCUUAGCCCUUCCCAGCAGUCACCAGGGGCUGCUCCCAGCCCCCGCAGACGGGCCCUGCACAGGAAACCUAACUAAUGGCACUACCGUGAUCAAUGACGGCCACAGAGACGAGCACCUUCACCAACAUGACAGUUGCCAAGGCUGCGACGGCAGCUCUGAAUGGAAACACGACGCUACCUCAGCUCCUGUGCAGGCCCCCCUCAGCUUGAGUCCUCCUCAGCCCAGCCAUGAAUGUACCUCUGGGAGGACCUCACACCACAUUAAUGAAGCUACCUCAGACUGCACUCAUACAGCACCUUCCCCUGACCUCACCUCCGGGCCCCAGGCUGUGGACUCCCCAAGAAACCUGGGCCCCAACCCUGGCCUCAUUCUUCAGGCCUUGACUCUGUCCAACGCCAGCGACGGCUUCAACCUGGAACGGCUUGAGAUGCUCGGGGACUCCUUCCUGAAGCACGCCAUAACCACCUACCUGUUCUGCACAUACCCCGAUGCACACGAAGGGAGACUCAGCUACAUGCGCAGCAAGAAGGUGAGCAACUGUAACCUGUACCGUCUGGGGAAGAGGAAGGGGCUUCCCAGCAGGAUGGUGGUGUCCAUCUUUGACCCUCCUGUUAACUGGCUGCCGCCUGGAUAUGUGGUGAACCAGGACAAAAGCAUCUCAGACAGAGUGGACUCGGAGGAGGCAAGAGAGGAGCUGGUGUCCAACGGGAGAUCUGGAAACGACUUUGAUGAUGAGGACCGGGUUGAUGAGGGUGAAGAUGUGGAUGAAGAUGAGCUCAUGUUGAAGGACGAACCGAAGGACGAUGUCAACAUGGAGGAUGACCUGGAAUACUACAAGGAGCACAUCCGUUUCAUCGACAACAUGCUGCUGGGGUCCGGGGCGUUUGGAAAGAAGAUCUCUCUUAGCAACUUUGGCACCUCCCUCAGCCCAGCCCCAGGCUCCUCCCCUUCCAUGGACUCCUCCUAUGAUUGGAAGGCCCCCAAGAAGCCCGUCCAUCACUCUGAGCAGGCACACUGUGGGUCGGCGGCUGAGGAGUUUGACUACAGCUCGUGGGACGCCAUGUGUUACCUGGACCCCAGCAAGGCAGGCGAGGAGGACGACUUUGUGGUGGGAUUCUGGAAUCCGUCGGAGGAGAACUGCGGCACCGAGCUCGGAAAGCAGUCCAUCUCCUACGAUCUGCACACGGAGCAGUGUAUCGCAGACAAGAGCAUUGCCGACUGCGUGGAGGCCCUGCUCGGCUGCUACCUGACCAGCUGUGGGGAGAGGGCCGCCCAGAUGUUCCUCUGCUCGCUGGGCCUCAAGGUUCUACCGGUGCAAAGGGGGUCUAACGCUGCGGCGGUGGUGGCAAGCGUUCCGACUCCAGCCGUGGAGCUGAUGUACGGCUGGCUGAAGAUCCCGCCCCGCUGCAUGUUGGACCAUCCUGACGCAGAGCGGACUCUGCAGCACCUCAUCUCGGGCUUUGAAAACUUUGAGAGGAAGAUCAACUACACAUUUCAGAACAAGGCUUACCUGCUGCAGGCCUUCACCCACGCCUCCUACCAUUAUAACACCAUCACAGAUUGUUACCAGCGGCUGGAGUUUCUCGGCGAUGCGAUCUUAGACUACCUCAUAACGAAGCACCUUUAUGAAGACCCUCGGCAGCACUCGCCUGGCGUGCUGACCGACCUGCGCUCUGCGCUCGUCAACAACACCAUCUUCGCCUCGCUCGCCGUUAAAUACAACUACCACAAGUUCUUCAAGGCCAUCUCUCCCGAGCUGUUCCACGUCAUCGACGACUUUGUGCAGUUCCAGCUGGAGAAGGACGAGAUGCAGGGCAUGGACUCCGAGCUGCGACGCUCCGAAGAAGACGAGGAGAAGGAGGAGGACAUCGAGGUCCCCAAGGCCAUGGGGGACAUCUUUGAGUCUCUGGCUGGAGCUAUUUACAUGGACAGCAGGAUGUCCCUGGAGACGGUGUGGCACGUCUAUUAUCCAAUGAUGAGGCCUCUCAUUGAGAAAUUCUCUGCCAACGUUCCUCGCUCUCCUGUCCGGGAACUCCUAGAGAUGGAACCGGAAACUGCCAAGUUCAGCCCUGCAGAGCGCACCUACGAUGGGAAGGUGCGUGUGACGGUGGAGGUGGUCGGGAAGGGAAAGUUCAAAGGAGUUGGCCGCAGCUAUCGGAUCGCCAAGUCAGCGGCUGCCCGCCGAGCUCUGCGCAGCCUCAAAGCCAAUCAACCUCAGGUCCAAACCAACUGAGCUGCCAGCAGCUCGCAGCAUUAGCACCUAGCGGAGAGGACGGAGCGGCGAUCCUGCGACAUGCGACGGGAACGCUGCGUGGAGACGCCACAGCAGAGCACUCUGAGCUCACAUCCCGUUUAUUUUUCCUUUUUGUUUGCGCAGACACAAUCUUUCUUUGUGCUUCGUGUGAUCACGAGGGCUUUAUCAUCCUAGCGGAAGAGGUCAGGUGAGCUGUUGUAUUCGUGAGACGAGCCUCAUGCUGAAUCCUAGAAAGAAAAAGCUCCGGAGCCGGUGAGAGUGAAAUGGGCCCGAUACCACUGCAGCCAGCCAGCUCUCUGUCUCGACCUCCAGCCGCGUUCCUCAUCAGUUUGCACCUAUUCCAUCACUUUUCUGAACAAUCUGUCACUCUGACACCAAAAUCCCCUUCGUAGCAAAGCGACUGAAUAUAUCUGCAAAUAUGAACUCCAUAAUGAUGAUGAUGUUGAUGAUGUGGUGGCCUCGGACGCUGAGGCCGGCCCUCAUAUCCAGAGAUAGGAAUCCCAACAUUCCCAGUUACUGUAGGCGGUCCCAUGUUGCUGUAGCUUUUGUGGAAACACGCGGACGGCUCGGUGACGUGAAGAGCCGUCCUCCUCAGCCGGAUCUGCCAAAGCUGAACCAACAUGUGACGUUGCUCUGAGGCUGUCUGAUUCCUGAGGAUACCAGCGUCAGAUUUGAUUUCCUUCUAAUUAAUAUUGCUUCCUGCUAAAUGUGGUCAAUACGCCUUGUUUAUCUUGUUUUUUACGUGAAUACCUCAGUUAACUGCAUGCAUGUCUCUUUUCUGUUUGUUUGGUGCUAUGUUUUUGUAUUAAGCUUGAACUUCUCAUCUUUUUGCACUGUAACUACAAUACCUCCUUAUUUGACCUUUUGUUGAUCUGUCGCCAUGAGGCCCCGCCCCCUCUCGCCCAGCGGGAGGGGGGCGGGGCCAGCUAGCUGUUAUGAUUGAAUCCGUGCAGAUGCAUCAGUGUUGCUGCAGAGGAGAUCAUCAGGCUGCACUCUCAGAUCUGUGUGGUUUCUACCUCAGCUCCGUGACUCCGACAUCGACGCUCGCUGCAGCCGUGUUUCUCAGUGCCUUCCCCGCGGGAAUCCUCCACUCAUCAACAUUUCACCGUGACUGGUCUUUACCCGGAAGCUGGACAGGCUGUACAGUGCACCAGUGUUCAACACACUGAAGAGUAGGGUUAUAAACUUAAAAAUAAUCAGCAGAAAGGCUUUAAAGGUCAGAACAGAUUGUCUGAGCGUGCCGUGCUGCAGCAGGAAUUCCCUGUUUACAAGUUUCUAUUGAACGGUUAACAAGAUCUGUGAGGUUAAAAUUCACGCGUUCUGUAUAUUUAACAGCAGAGUUGACAAAAAUAUUUUUGCAGAUAUUUUGCCAAUAUCCCAUUUUAGAUUGACAGGUUUUUGCUUAUAAUACUUUUCCCUUGUUAUUGGGGAAAUCUCUACAUAUUGCUGCAUGAAGCCGUAAAAAAAGUCCAUUUAAUUGAAGAAGCCAACAUUUGACCCCACCCAUGUAGAACCUGCAGAACAUGCACCCGUUUCAGUGUGUUGAUCGUGUAGAAACAUACAACGUGCCGUGACUCCAGAGCCGCUCUCCUGUCGUUGCUGUAACCUCACGAUCUCAGCAGCUCUAGCGCCAUCCCACGGCAUGACACUCGGACCGGACUGGUUGCGUAUCUGCCCGUUUGUCAGCUCGGUCCAGCGGAGUGCAGCCUGUAGUCACCUCUCCGAGGUCGGAUCCGAGGUCACCUCUCAGAUCCGACCUUCUGGGUCUGCAGUUAUCUCGAGAAGUGAAGCAACUCAGUCGGACUCUGCAUCCUCUUCCUCCUGGCUCUCGUUUCCUAUUUCUUUUUUAAACAUGUAGCACAAAGAGCAUUGCACUUGGCGCCAUAUUUUACCUCAUGUCAGAGUGGAAGGGACCAGGCAGGGGAGAAGCCUGGACCGCCGGGGUCACACAGAACGUUCCUACAGGUCGCCACCUGACCUUACACUGGAAGAAGCUGACCUGCUGCCUUCCUUCAAUCCAACCACGAAGAACUGUUGCCAGUUCAUGUCGGCCUGGGUUCUGUUUGGAUCUCUGACCUCCUGACAGCAGCCUAAAGGAACACCCACUCAGAGCUGACCUGAUGAUCUGCCCACUGAUAAACACCCAGCUGACACCUUUCUGUUAGACCAGAGUUGAUGAAGCUUGAGUUCAGAUUUUUAGACCAUCAGAGUGUUCAGAUGUUUGCCUGAGAGGAAACCUGCAGCUCGUUUUUACACAGAUCGAUGAUCAUGUUUGACUCUGGGAGUCAGAAUCAUGUUCUUGUUUGACUCGGACCGAGCCUCUGUUAGGAUGGAUGUUUGUGUGGAUUUACCGUUCUCAGUUUUGCUUUAAAUGACCUGAAUCUUUCCAGUGGAUUUCAGGAAGGUUGUUUCUUACUCCUCCUAUGUUUUCCAGGGAGUUAUUGAUCUGGUUUGGAUCCACCUGUUUGAGCUGGGUUGUCGGUUCUAUCUGUGUAUAGUUUCCGUUGAGCUUUUCUUUAAGCUGCCAUCUGUUUGGGAACGUAGUGUUUAAGGGCCUCGGUCAACUCCAGUUUCUUCCUGAUCUGAACAGAUCUGAUGGUGGUUGUUGCUUCAACUCCUGCAGAACCUCCUCCCCUCAGAACCUGAAUGUCUUUAUCUAUCCAACACUACUCUGGGUUGCUUUGCUGUUUCUGAGAGUAUCCCCAGCUCCUCGUCAGUGAGUCCUGGGCCUCAGUCACUGAGAAAACUCACCUCAAUGUUUCAGUUUUCAGUUUAAGAAAGAAGGUCUGCAGCUGUUUCAGUUUUGAUGUUCUGCUCAAAAAGCUGUUGCAGAAAAUUAACUUCAGAUAGACAGUAUUAAUGGUAGAAGUUGCAGAACACUUAAGACUCAUAAGUUCAGUCCAAAAGGCCCUUUAGAGAAGUUCAACGACUGAGCUCCAGGAGAUGGCAGCGGUGGCCUGCGAUGUGCAGCAGAACAGCACCUGCCUCAGGUCCAGGGUUUGGGUUUUAUCAACAGUGCUAAAUGCAGAGGCUGAUCUGAGGUCAGUCCUACGCAGUGCUGCUUGGCUCGUUACAGUGCUGUAACGGUGUUGAUCUCGGGUCAGCUUGGGGAACUGUCAGGAACAUUACUGUAACAGCGAGCUGCAGUGGUGUACAGUCUGCACCUUAUGGAUCACAGAAACGUUUACCAUGUUGUUUUCUUUGGAUGUUUCUGUUCGUGUAGCUCUGUAUAUCUCCAAUAAAAUCUUGGAUCAUC